AUAAAACAAAAUAAAAUGUCAACAGGAAUAAUGAAGUUGUUUGGAAAGCCAAAGCCCAAUCCUGCUCAGACGCAGGAAACAAUAUCAAAGUUGAGAACAACAAUAGAUAUGUUGGAGAAGAGAAGGAACUUCCUCCAACAGAAGGCAGAUAGUAAAGAAGCUGAAGCCAAGCAAUUUGUUGCCAAGAAAAAGAAGAGAGAGGCACUGUUAUGUUUGAAACAUAGGAAUGUAUAUCAGAAUGAAGUUAACAAGUUAAAUGGCACCUACGAUACAUUGAAUACCCAGAUAUUCGCAUUGGAGAAUGGAGUAAUGAAUGAGGUGAUUAUGGGCUCGAUGAGAAGUGGGGCUGAGCAACUGAAGGUCCUCCAGAAUAAUCUCACCGUCGAGAAGGUUGAGACCAUCUUUGACGACAUUGAGGAGACGUUUGCUGUACAGGAUGAGUUAUCGAGGGCAAUGAGCCAACCCAUGGGCUCCCAAGUAGACGAAGAUGAUCUGUUAGCAGAACUUGAGGAAAUGGAGAAAGAAGAACUCGAAUCACAUCUGUCAACCGUCAAGGCUCCACCAUCCAGAGAGCCUGUUAUUAGAGAGGCACCAAUUACAUUCCCAUCCGCAUCCAAAGUUAGACCACAAAUCUCGGAAGAGGACGCAGAGUAUAGAGCCCUUGAAGAGAGUUUGCUUAUGUAG